UACAGCGCCGGCGCGUCAUCCUCGGUUCACAUCGACGGAACGAGUUGUAAGCAAAUGAGAACAUGUGUGGGAUCUGAGAGAGUGAGAAAAGGCAAGGGGGGAUAGAGGGGAGCAAGAGGAGGUGUGAUAAAAGACUAUUUAUCAGCCUGACAAGUGGAUACGAAAUUUGAUCGCUGGACUAUUUUUUUUUUCUCUCUUUAUAUUUUUCAGACUGGGAAUUUAUCGAUUCGUCACAUGCGCACGCCUCUUCAUUAUAAUUGCAGACAGUUGGGUGCUGUUCAGGCUGAAUGGACUUGAAUGUGCCGCUGCCAGCUUAAUCCGUGCAGACUGGAAGAUUUAAUAAUUCACGGUAAUCACGCAUUAUCGCCUCAGUGGAUGCUCUCAACACAGCUCCGGUGAUUUCUCCCUCUCUUUGCCCAUUCUUCCUGUUGUCUUCUGGAGGAUUUAUCGACGGCUGCUUUGCAAAAUAUGCUCCUUAUCUGAGAUAUCAUCUGUUGCUGCAACUGGAUUGAAAAGCCCCCAUGACUGGCUCUGACACGCGCUUCAGACUGACCGCCUGGAGGUGAUGUGGACUAAAUAAGAAGCAAUUUAAUCACGUUUUGAUAUUUACUCCAGGUAAAAUGGACGAAAAAUUACUAUUACUUUUAUUACUUCUCUUAUCUCUACACGCGAGGCUGUGAUUUUGCUCGUACACAUCAUGAUCCUUUUACUCCGUUGAAUUGCCUCUUAUUGAUUCAGACUGUAAGCUUAAUAGCAGUAUUACAAGGCGAAUUUCAGCGUGAAGUGACACUGAGGACACUUGGAUACGGGGAUCGUGGAGGUAUUCCCCUCCCUUACUCUUCAUUUGAUUUAUUCCAUUUUUCAACUGAAGGGUAAAUGUUGAUGAUGGAGGACGACGAAUUAGACGCUCAUCAGGUUGAUUCGGAUUUCGAGCCGCAGAGCCGGCCUCGCUCGUGCACCUGGCCGCUACCUUGCCCGGAGGAUUUCCCCGGUGGACACGAGGUCAGCGGGGGUCUUCCGCUGGCCAACAUCAAGGUGGAACCGGAGGACGUCCCGGCUUGCAUAGCGGGGCUCGUAGGCGGAACACCGGGAGAGCUGAAGCACCCAGCCGGCGCCCCGGCACCCACAGGCGCGACGCACCCAUGCCUGGCUGGCGCGGCGCUCGAUGUGACCGGACCGCUGCGCAAAGCCAAAUCCUCGCGGCGGAACGCGUGGGGGAACCAGUCCUACGCGGAUCUCAUUACCCGCGCCAUUGAGAGCACCCCUGAAAAGAGACUCACGCUGUCACAGAUAUACGACUGGAUGGUCCGUUAUGUGCCCUAUUUCAAGGAUAAGGGCGACAGUAACAGCUCAGCUGGCUGGAAGAACUCCAUCCGACACAACCUGUCCCUCCACACGCGUUUUAUCAGGGUGCAGAAUGAGGGAACAGGGAAGAGUUCUUGGUGGAUGCUGAACCCGGAUGGAGGAAAGAUGGGCAAGUCCCCCCGCCGGCGAGCAGUCUCCAUGGACAACAACACCAAAUACCUAAAGAGCAAAGGCCGCGUCAGAGGUAAGAGGAUUGGCCGUCCCGGGAUAGGAGCAGGGUCUGUCGUGGUUGGGCUCCAAGGCUCCCCAGACCAUAGCAGUCCACCACAGAAAGGCCUCCCAGGAACUGGAGGUGCAUCUGCGACGGAUGGAGAGUUUGACGCUUGGACCGAUCUCCAUUCCAGGGCAAGUUCGUCAGCCUCCACACUGAGUGGGCGCCUGUCACCCAUCCUCGCAGAGGGAGAGCCAGAGGAACCAGAGGAAGGUGGCCUGUCCUGUUCGACCUCCCCCCACCUCUACCCCUCGCCAACCAGUGCCCGCUCUCCAUCCAUGGGUGCAGGGAAUCUCUGUCCUCCCCUUGAGCAGCUGCCUCAGUUGGCUAACCUGACAGGUGCCAUCAGCCUGGAUGAGCAGCUGAUGGAGGACAGUUAUCAUCACCAUCACCCGUCGCAGCAGCAACAUCAGCAGCAUCCAGCUGUUGGCAGACACAAGCACCAAACCCCUGUCUACCACUACAGCUCUGGAGUGAAGGGGCAGAGCUCCUACGGUGCAGGCGUCUACGGUGCAACAGGCAUGGGGAUGCUGCGCCACCACUCACCCAUGCAGACCAUCCAGGAGAACAAGCCCGCGAGUUUCUCUGGAACCAUGCGGGCGUACUCCAGCACCAAUGCCCUGCAGAGUCUGCUAACAGGGGGGCCAGCUAGGCAGCAAUACUGUUCCAAGGACAUGAUGCUGGGACAGGAGAGGGAGAGCCACCCUAUGAUGGCUCAAGCUAGUAACGGAGUAAGCUCCAACCAUCACAGCCACCACCCUGGCCACCACAAUGGCCACAGCCACAAUGGACCUCAUAGUCACAGCUCAGCUCAUAGCCAUAACAGAACUCACAGCCAUACUAGUAGUCAUAAUCACAACAAUGUCACCAACCACAACCACAACUCACCUCACAGCCUCGCCCACAACGGUCACAACCUCAGCCAGAGCCAUAACCAGACUCCGCCCCGAGCUGUGGCUCUCAUCCCACGUGGAAACAGCAAUCAGCUGCAGACCUACAACCACAAAGCCCCCUACCUGUACAGCCCCCCAUCACACGCCCACCUCCCCGCCUCCACCACCCUGCCCCCAAACCCAGCAGGUAUGCUCGGCAUGCCCCAGGACUCCUGCCACGUGGCCGCUGCCCCACACCCCCGUCACAACCAUUACCCCGACCCACAACACCAAGGCUUGACUAACGGACCGUACCUCCAUGGCCAGGGGAUGGGGAAUGGUAGUGUUGGUAGCAACUACCAUAGCUAUCACCAACCGCACCCCCAUGAGAGACUACCAGCCGACCUGGACAUUGACAUGUUCCACGGUAGCUUGGACUGCGACGUGGAGUCCAUCCUCCUCCAUGACAUUAUGGACUCUGGGGAGGAGAUGGACUUCAACUUUGACUGCUCCCUAGCCCAAGGGGUGGGCAUUGGCAUGGGUAUGGGCAUGGGUGUGACCAUGGGCAUGGGGAUGAGCAGUCUGACUGGUCCACAGCAAGCCCACAGCAACCAGAGCUGGGUGCCUGGCUGAAGUCUAGGAAGUCACAU